AUGACGGGGUCAAAACAUCACACUAAAAUCAAAGCAUGCUUAUUUGACAUGGAUGGAACCAUUCUCAAUACAGAGGACAUUUAUACAGAAGCUGCUUCUGAGCUUCUUGCAAAGUAUGGGAAGGGUCCCAUGACUUGGGAUGUUAAGAUAAAGCUUCAAGGCAGACCAGGGUUGGAAGCCACAAAGAUAAUGGUCGAGGAGUUUAAAUUGCCCUUGACACCGGAGGAAUUUGCUCAAGAAGCUAUUGUGAUUCAGGCUGACAAAUGGCACAAAUCCCGAUUUUUACCAGGAGCUUUAGAGCUUUUGGAAGAACUUUACAGGAAAAACAUUCCCAUAGCACUAGGCACGAGCUCCAACACCAUCAAUUUUGACCGCAAGACGAAGCAUCUUCAACAAGGUUUCAAUCUUUUUGAAGGCCACAUUGUAACUGGGGAUGACCCCAGAAUACCCCCUGGUCGAGGCAAGCCACACCCUGAUAUUUGGUUUGCUUGCUUGGCUAGCCUCAACAAGCAGCGAGCUCAACAGAACUUGGAGUCUUUGAAAAUUGAAGAGUGCCUCAUUUUUGAAGACGGAAUUCCAGGAGUUCAUUCGGGAAUAGCUGCAAAUGCUCAUGUUGUCUGGAUUCCUGAUCCAAAUGCCUUAACUGUUCUUGAUGGAAAGGAGAAGGAAAUUAUCGGAACACAAGGAGAAAUUCUUUCCAGUUUGGUAGAAUUCGAUAUGGAAAAGUAUCAUCUUUGA